AUGGAUACAAAAGUAGACUAUUUCGAUAAAAAUGCAAAUCUUUUUCACAAGGAACUCGAAAUAUGUCGUUUAUGUGGAGAAAAGUCUUCAGAUUAUAUUCCAAUAUUUGAAGAUGAAGAUAACUAUAUUCCUGAAAAAAUAAGUAGAUGUUUACCAAUCAUUAUUUUUCCGAAUGACAAUUUACCUUCCAAUGUAUGCAGACGUUGUUUAAAUUAUUUAAAUAUUAGUUGUAAACUGAUUCUUAGUGCAGUAGCAGUAGAUGAUAUUCUACGAAUUCAAUUAGAUCAGAAGCAGAAAGAUGCUAUCUUUACAGGUGAAGAUCGUAGCAUUGUAACAUCUUGUGAAGAGUCUAAAAUAUCUGUACCAAUAAAUAUUAAGCAAUCGUCAUUAAAGGAACUAAAAAAGCGAGCUAUUGUCGGUCCAGUCGAAUGUAAUUUAUGCGACUUGAAUUUUCAAGAUGUAGAUACAUUUGAUAACCAUAUGGAACAAUGUCAUUUUUUAAAAUGGAAAUGUAAUCUCUGCGAUGACAGCUUUGAUGAAUCUAAUAAGCUGAUAGUACAUAAGACAUUGAGACAUAACAGUAAUAUUUCAAUAUGCAGUAGCUGUGAACAUAUUAUUGAUCAGAAUAAUAAACGGAAGAUUAUCAAUGAGAAUGAUCAGACUAAUGAGAGGAAGAUUAUUAUAGGUAAGAAUAUCCAGAAUGAUCAGAAUAUUAAACAGAAGAUUAUAGAUGAGAAGAAUAUUCAAAGUAAUCGGGAAACAGAUCAAAAGAUUAUUAAUAAUUACAAUAAGCAAGAUUUUACAAAAGAUAUCGAAAUAGCAGCAUCAGUUAAUUCAGCGAUUAUAGAAAUAAACAGCGAAAAUAAUCUGAUGCAGGCCUCAAUAAAGCAAAUUGAUAAUAGAUUCGAUUCAGAUAUAAAUGAAAUAAAAAACUGUAAAAAAUUUAUAGAUAUGACAAAUGUCCAAAAUGAUGAACAAAGUAAUGAACAAGAGUUUACAAUCGGGAAGAAUGUUCAGAAUUAUCAGAAUAUUGAACAGGAGAUUAUAGAUGAGAAGAAUAUUCAAAAUAAUCGAGAAACAGAGCAAGAGACUAUUAAUAAAAUUAGUUAUGAAAAGCAAGAUAUCACUUUUACAAAAGAUAUCGAAACAGCAGCAUCAAUUAAAUUAGCAAUAGAUACUGAAAUCGAUAUUACAGAAAAAGAAAGUGAAAACGAUCUGAUGCAAGUCUCGAUAAAGCAAAUUGAUAAUAGAUUCAACUCAGAUAUGGAUGAAACAAAAAAUCGUAAAAAAUUUUUAAUACAACUUGAAACGUUCAAAAAGCCAAGAGAACUAUCGUUUUGUAAAAUUUGCAAGAUCUACUUCGCGAACGAACGAUAUUUUAAUAUCCAUAAUAAGAUACACGAGGAAAAAACUAUGACUUGUAUUACGUGCUCUACAGAACAUUCGUCUGGAUAUGAUUUAUUUCUGCAUAAACGUAAAAGGCACAAUAUGUAUAAAAAGGUACAGUUAAAGUAUAUGUGUAAUAAUUGUGGAAAAUUUUUUACACAUAGCUGGACUUGGAAUGAACAUAAUGAAGAUAAGUGUUCCAAAAUGACAAAGUAUUGUAAAUAUUGCAACGCAGUAUUCUCGACAGAUCUUAAAUUGACACAUCAUUUACGGAAACACAAAUCCGAGAUGUUCAAUGAUCCGACUGUGACUGUAUACAAAUGCGUCGCCUGUCCCAAAGUAUACGUCGACAAAGAAUUUUAUGAGAAACAUAGAAAUAUACAUGAUCCAGAGUGUUGGGAUAAAUUUCGGUGUACAGAAUGCAAUCGACCAUUCAGAGACAAAUUUCGUUUACAGGAACAUCAAUUGGUUCAUUGGAAUAUUAAGCCUUAUCAAUGCAAUAUCUGCGAACGUUCUUUCUUCCGCCUGCAUAACAUGAAAAGACAUCGCAAAAUUCACGUUGGGCAUGAGUGUAAUCGCUGCAAUGCAGUUUUUAAAAAUAGGCUGGACUUAACGAAACAUGUGCAAGAGAUUCACGAUUUGAAGCCAUCCAAUAAAUUUUCUACAAAAAUAAAUUACAUUUGCAGAUUCUGCGGCAAGAAGCUCAACACGUAUAAAUCGUUAACAAAUCACGAAAGAAUUCACACCGGAGAAAUGCCGUAUAGUUGUUCAAUAUGUUACAAGUCCUUUCGGACUUAUAAUUCCAAAUGGACUCAUGUACAACAACAUCAGAACGGAACCUUUGUGUGUGAAUAUUGUGAAAAAUGUUUCAGUUGUAAACGGAAUUUAAUUAAGCACAUUUCAACGCACGUGCCAGUGCAAGCUCGCCAGCAUCAUGCGUGCAAUAUAUGUGGGAAGAAGUUUUUGAGGAAAUCUCGACUUACUAUCCACAACCGUAUUCAUAAUGAAAUACGGUCUUUUUAAUGCGAUGUGUGCUUGUUAAGUUUCAUACAAAAAGGCGAUAUGAAACGGCACAAAUGCGGCACUUCAGGAAAGAGAAACUUGCAAAAAGUACCUAAAGUUUAGA